AUGACACCUUCGUUACAACCACACAAUUCAGCAAAGCACCCUCCUCAGAUCAUCCACAACGAGUCAUUAGUCCUUCAGGAUAUGCUUGGAGUGGGUGCAUAUGGUUCUGUAUACAAGGCCUACGACCAGGUCUCGAGACAGAUGAGGGCCAUCAAGUGCAUCCGGACGGUAGGACUCGACAGCCGGCAACGGGCCUUCCAGGGCCACGAAGCCGAACUCCACUCGCUCGUCUCGGGACAUCCCAACAUUGCAACGUUACACGAGGUGGUCGAGGAGGACGAUUUUUUCUACAUGAUCAUGGAUUGUGGCCUCGAAGGUGAUCUCUUCUCAAAGAUCACGGAGCGUGGGGGUUAUGUCGGCAAGGCCCUAGCCAUCAAGUCGAUCUUUGGUCAGAUCGCCAGCGCUGUCUUGCAUUGCCAUUCCAAAGGUGUCUUCCACCGUGAUCUCAAGCCAGAGAACAUUAUCAUGUUUGGUGAUGUGGUCAAGCUCGUGGACUUUGGCCUGGCUACAACCGAACCAAUCUCGAGCGACUUUGGAUGUGGGUCCACGUUCUACUUGUCACCAGAGUGCCAGGGAGGAUAUGUCGAGCAGGUCACAUCGUUUGAUAGUGCCGCCAACGAUGUCUGGUCGCUAGGUGUGAUCCUCAUCAACCUCGUCUUUGGCCGCAACCCAUGGAAGCAGGCCUGCCCACGAGACGAAACCUUCUCGGCCUUCGUCCUCAACAACGACUUCUUGCAGACCAUCCUGCCCAUGUCCGACGAGCUCAACGACAUCAUCAAGUCCGUCUUCUGCCUCAACUCAAAGAAACGCCUGUCCCUGCCUGAGUUUGCAAGACGCGUCCAAGGGUGCACCUCAUUCACCACGGUUGGCGAGGGCUCUUCUUCACCCUCACCCAGAGCCGGCGCUGCUGCUGCAGGUGCCACGGGAGCAGAGACUACGCCGAUCCGAUUUCACUUUGGUCACGAUGCAUUGCUCUGCAAUAGCCGAGACAACAAGGCUCAGAGCCAGGGUCAGGACUCAGGUGUCUGUGUCGAGCUGCAUUCUGUGGCAUGA